CCCUAUAGGUUUUUAGGGAGCAUUCCGGACCUGCUGAUCAUUGAAAAUAUGGCGAGACUUUCAAAUCAGUAGUUCAAAAAAGCAUCUUGAUUUUCCAUUCUUUUUUUUCUCCUCUUUACAGGGAGAAGGGAUUCGCUGUAACAGAUGAGUUCAGUUCAUAUAACAUGGUGCAGAGGCGCGUGUUUAUUUCGAUUCAAACCAGUCGUGAGGGAGCUCGAAAAAAAUCUUUGAUGGAAACCAUUACCUAUUCCGACAGAAAAUUAAGUGCCGAAUAUUAUGGAACAGCCAAAGUCGGUGAAUCCUGUAACAGAGAUUACAAUUGCAUCCAACAUGCCUAUUGUCGAACGCAAUUGACUUGCUUUUGCGAACCAAAUUAUCUGCCAACACCCGACAUGUCAAUGUGCAUCCCAACCAUUGGUCUCAUGUGCGAAAAAAAUGAGGAGUGCAACUUGAUGUCGAACGCUGAAUGCAGACAAAAUAUUUGCGCUUGUCUUUACAAUUACACGGUAGACAUCAGAAAUUCAUCAAACUGUCUUGCAAGUCCCGUCGCGGUCAACGAUCCUUGUCAAAGACAUGACCAAUGUAUAGACAGUUUGGAUCGGGCACUCUGCAUUGAUGAUCGUUGCCAAUGUUUGACGGCUCACCACUUCGCCAAAAACGUUGGCAAAUGCAUACGAAGUGCAGGGUUGUACCAGCCGUGUGAGUCGGAUGCUAAUUGCUUUAUGCCCGGGGAAGAUGAGGAUUUGUUGGAGUGUAAACAAAAUACAUGCAGCUGCAGGGAUGGAAAAACAUCGAAACAUUGCAGUGGUGCUCACAGCAACUCUGCAACGAUGGCGGGAAUCCUCAUAAUGUUUUUCGUCAGAUUUCUCACAUGAUUCGUAUCGAUUAUGAAAGUUGUAACUUAACAAUCAUCAAUUUUUUUCGUUGUUAUAUCGUACACACUUACACUUAUGCAUAAUGUAAGCUAAAAAUAUUGUAUUAGAAUUUAGUUUACGCUAAACCGCUGCACAAAAUCUUCAUCUGUAGGUAUGUAUAGCAAUUUUUUAUAACCAUGCAUGUUUCUGUAGAUAAUUAAUAAUUAAAUUUAUCACUGCAUUUCGUACCGGA